AUGUCGCGCAAUAGGCCGUCUCUCCAAGCUGGCCUGGACAGGGACGUCUACCAGGUUGUCCGCCGAUAUAUUGACUCCAGCAAUGAGUCACCUCUCAAAAUCAAGCCUCAUGCUAUAUAUGACCACAUCAAAAACUCCAACUCAUCCCUGAAAAGGCGUCCCAAAAAGCAAUUGGAGGACUCGAUUGACCGUGUUCUCUUGGUUAUUCAAGAAGACGAGAGCGGUGAAGAUGAGAUGGAUGAGAUCGAAGGGGAUUUUGCGGAUGGGAGUUCUGAACGAAAAGACGAGAGCAAGAGUUUGGACUUUAUGAACAAGCAGAUCGUCAGUGGAUGGGGCAAUUCUGGAACCGCUACCCCCAAGGAAAAUGGAGAGAAGAGCAAGAAGAGGGAGGGACAGAAAGGCGGGGAUAGGGAGAGCAAGCGCGUGAAGAGAUCAGGGGCUGCAGAAGAGAAGAAGAUCAAUACAACACCCCCAAAAGGCAUUAGCUUGAGCGAUAUUGGAGGCGUCGACAACGUGAAAACUCAACUCAAGGAACAUCUGGUCAUGCCACUUCUCAGGCCGGAAGCGUACAACAGCCGGAACAUCCCCAUACCUCGAGGCAUUCUACUCCACGGACCCCCUGGUUGCGGCAAGACGGUCAUUAGUAGAGCUUUCGCAGCUCAGCUUGGAGUGCCCUUCAUUGAGAUUCUUGGUCCUUCCGUCGUUUCUGGCAUGUCAGGAGAAUCGGAAAAGCAGAUACGGGAGCAUUUCGAGCGCGCCAAGGAGGUAGCCCCAUGUCUCAUCUUCAUCGACGAGAUUGACGUUAUCGCGCCGAAGCGUGACAGUGCCCAAAGCCAGAUGGAGAAGCGUAUUGUGGCUCAGCUGUUAAUAUCUAUGGACGGCCUCGCUAUGGAAUCUAAUGAUGGCAAGCCUGUCAUUGUGCUAGCCGCAUCGAACCGCCCAGACAGCCUUGAUCCGGCUCUACGAAGAGGUGGACGAUUUGACACCGAGAUCAACAUGGGCGUACCGAACGAGGCUACUAGAGAGCUCAUUCUGAAGGCGCUGACUCGCCGGACAACAUUGUCCGACGAUGUCAGUUUCCCCUCUCUUGCAAAGAAGACGGCAGGAUUUGUGGGCGCUGAUUUGAAGGACCUUGUUAGCAAAGCCGGAACCUGGUCUAUGGAUCAAUAUCGAGAAGCACUUGAAAAGCAGGCCAUGGAAGCGGAGACCGAGAUGGACGUGGAUGGCGGCGAGCCUAGCACAAACAAGCUAUCAAUCACAGACCGAUCUAUCGCACGUCUCAUCCUUCGCGUACGGGACAAGGACAUGUUAGAACCCCCAGGCUUUGAGAAUACAACGAUAUCAAUGGAGGCUUUUGAUGCGGUCCUACCGAGUAUCGUCCCUUCGUCGAAGCGAGAGGGCUUCGCUACGGUUCCAGACACUACCUGGCGAGAUGUUGGAGCUCUUGCAGGUGUUCGGGACGAGCUUCAGAUGGCCAUUGUGGAACCAAUCCAGAACCCUCAGCGAUACAAAGCUGUAGGUAUCUCUGCGCCAACAGGCGUGCUACUAUGGGGACCACCAGGUUGUGGUAAGACUCUUCUGGCCAAGGCUGUGGCUGCAGAGUCCAAAGCAAAUUUCAUCAGUGUCAAGGGCCCGGAAUUGCUAAAUAAGUAUGUGGGAGAGUCGGAAAGAGCCCUCCGCCAAGUCUUCAUGCGAGCCCGAUCGUCAAUCCCUUGCGUCAUCUUCUUCGAUGAGCUCGAUGCUCUUGUCCCGAAGCGCUCAUCCGAACUCCAUGAGGCCUCUGCCCGCGUUGUAAACACCCUCCUGACUGAACUUGAUGGCCUUAGCACCCGCGAAGGCAUCUACUUGAUCGCCGCCACUAAUCGUCCCGAGAUGAUCGACGAGGCUAUGCUACGUCCUGGGCGUUUGGAAACCCUCCUGUAUGUGGAGCUGCCUAAGCCUGAGGAGCGUGUCGAUAUUCUGAAAGCCUUGAUCGCUCAACGCGGAGGAGUCAUCAAUCCUGGUUUGGCUGAACUCGCCAAACGAGAGGAGUGCCAUUCGUUUAGUGGUGCCGAUCUCGAGAGUCUGCUGAGGAAGGCCGGACAGGCCGCGCUGCGGAGAGGCGCGACUGCGGUGGAGGAACAAGACGUGGUAGCUGCUGCCCAAAAUAUCAAGCCUAGUGUCGGCAGCCUGGAUCGGUAUGAACAGCUCCGGAAACGCUUCGAGACCAAGUUGUGGUGA